UGUCGGGCAGCGGCGGGGCGGCGCGGCGCGAGGCCUCCCGGGACAUGUAGUCUUCCCGGCCGUGCCGCCGCAUUGGAGCCCGGUUCUCCGACGCCGCCCGCGAACUACAGCCGGCGGCCGGCCGGCGUCUGCCCGCGAGGAUGGCGGCUCCCUUGGUGCUGGUGGUGCUGGUGGCCGUGACGCUCCGGGCCGCGCUGUACCGCUCGAGCCUCGCCGCUUUCAUCUCCGAGCGGGUCGAGGUGGCGUCGCCGCUGAGCGCCUGGAAGCGAGUGGUCGAAGGAUUAGCUCUGUUGGAUUUAGGGGUCUCACCAUAUUCUGGAGCUAUUUUUCAUGAGACCCCGCUGAUAAUAUAUCUCUUUCACUUCCUGAUUGAAUAUGCUGAAUUGGUCUUCAUGAUAACUGAUGUACUAACAGCUGUUGCCCUUUACUUGGCCAUCCAGGACUACAACAAAGUUGUGUUCAAAAAGCAAAAGCUCCUAAUAGAACUGGAUAAAUAUGCACCAGAUGUGGCUGAACUCAUCCGGACACCCAUGGAAAUGCACUACAUCCCCCUCAAGGUAGCACUAUUCUAUCUGUUGAACCCCUACACUGUGAUGUCUUGUGUGGCAAAGUCCACCUGUGCCAUCAACAAUACUGUCAUUGCAUUCUUCAUUUUAGCUACAAUAAAAGGUAGUGCCUUCCUCAGUGCUGUAUUCCUGGCAUUAGCAACAUACCAGUCACUCUACCCUGUCACGUUGUUUGCUCCAGCUCUACUUUACCUUUUACAGCGUCAGUUCAUACCGAUAAAACCGAAAAGUAAAAGCUUCUGGCUCUACACCAUGCAGUAUGCAGCCUUGUACCUGUGCAGCCUGGUAGUAAUCAUCUGCCUCUCCUUCUUCCUCCUCAACUCCUGGGAUUUUAUCCCAUCUGUUUACGGGUUUAUCCUUUCUGUUCCAGAUCUGACACCCAAUAUUGGCCUUUUCUGGUACUUCUUUGCAGAGAUGUUUGAGCACUUUAGUCUUUUCUUCGUAUGCGUAUUUCAGAUCAAUGUGUUCUUCUACACCAUUCCCUUGGCAGUAAAGUUAAAGGAACACCCUGUGUUCUUCAUGUUUGUCCAGCUUGCAAUCAUUUCUAUCUUCAAGUCCUAUCCCACAGUGGGAGAUGUUGCACUGUAUAUGGCCUUCCUUCCAGUCUGGAGCCACCUUUACAGAUUCCUCCGGAACAUCUUCAUCCUGUCAUGUGUGCUCAUUGUCUGCUCCCUCCUGUUCCCUGUUCUGUGGCAUCUAUGGAUUUAUGCAGGAAGUGCUAACUCCAAUUUUUAUUAUGCCAUCACGUUGACUUUCAACAUAGGGCAGAUCCUGCUCAUCUCAGAUUAUUUCUAUGCCUUCCUCCGGCGGGAGUACUACCUCACUCACGGACUCCAUUUGACAAGACAAGAUGGGACAGAGGCCAUGCUUGUUUUGAAGUAAGGAUUGUAUCCACCAGUCCUUGGGACAUGGACUACUCUAAGGAACAGUAAAGCUUGGUGUAUAUGGGGUGGGUGGGGAAGGUUCCCUGGAUGAGGUCUGAAUUUGGGGAUGAUACCUACUGAAAGAAAGAGCUGAGGUUCUUCUGGGAAUACCUUCCACAGCAGUGGACUCAGUGCAGGCUAAAAGCUGCAAGUAGAAUCUGCAAUGCCUCCACCGGAGCAUCUCCCUUCUUCCCUCAGCUGCGCUUUUCACCGUGGCCUCAGCCAUCAACUCUGGGCAGUCCAUCAGGAACUGGAAAAAGUGUUUGAGCUAAAACCAGGACUGAAUCUCUAGCCCAGAAACAGUUCAGCCCCUAAACUGUUUACUUCGUUGUCACUGCUUCUUGGAGAUGUUUGCUUCUCCUGGAAAUUUCCCCUUCACUGCUUUUACCAGUAAUGUUCCUGCUUGACACAAGGCAAUGUCUGUGUACUUGGUGAUAA